AUGUACUUCUUUCUGAUGAAUUUAGCACUGCAGGAUAUAGGCUCUGUUUCUGUCAUUGUUCCCAAAUCUAUGGUGAAUUCCCUUAUAGAUACCAGAUACAUUUCUUAUUUUGGUUGUGUUGCUCAAGUCUUUCUCUUUAUCUCUUUUCUGGGUUCUAAUGUAUCCCUCCUGACAGUCAUGGCCUAUGAUCGGUAUGUUGCCAUUUGCCAUCCACUGCACUACGAGAUGGUGAUGAAUUGGGAAGCCUGCACUGAAAUAAUGAUUCUGGUUUGGGUUGCCAGUCUUCUCUAUGGAACUUUACAUGCCACUGGAACUUUUUCAGGUUUUUUUUGUUCUAAUGUCGUCAACCAAUUCUUCUGUGAAAUUCCAAAAUUGUUAAAACUAUCCUGCUCUGGUUUCAAUCUAGUUGAAGUUGGAAUUAUUGUGGCCAGUGUCAUUGCAGGACUAGGCUGUUGUACUUUUAUAAUUGUAUCUUAUGCCAUGAUCUUCAAGACAGUGCAAAGAAUUCCUUCUGAACAAGGAAGGCAAAAAGCCUUAUCCACUUGUAUUCCCCACCUUAUAGUAGUGCUUAUGUUUUACUUAAAUGGAUUUUUUGCCUAUUUGAGACCUCUAUUUAACACUCCAUCUUAUUUAGAUUUUGGUUUCACUGUUCUGUAUUCACUACUUCCACCCCUGUUCAAUCCAAUCAUUUAUAGCAUGAGAAAUAAGAAUAUCCAAUUUGUUCUUUCAAAACUAUGGAAAGUCUGA